GAACCAUUUACAGGAAGAGGGUUGGGUGGUGUGUAGGGUGUUCAAGAAACGAGCUCCUACCGCUCGAAAAGUGAGUGACGAUAUGCCGUGGUAUGACAUGGAACAAGGAUCGCUCGUUAGAGACAUCGACUCACCGAGGACUUUGCCUUUGCAAUCUGCCUUAGAAUACAAUCGCCAACUCUUCUACAAGCACGAGAAGAAGUUUCAAUACCACUCCCCACAAGAGUACACUUAUCAUGAAGUACUUCCACCAAUUGAGAGCCCCAAUAGCAAUGGCAAUUACAUGAACCAUGGAAGCUCUCUCCGAUCCAUCUUCUCGGAGAACAAUGAAGCAAUUGUGCAACCUAGACACCAACUUGAGGUGAUCGAGAUUGACAACAACACUGAGAACAUUAGCCAAGCUUCUGACCUAGUGACCGAUUGGAGGGUUUUCGAUAAGUUUGUCGCCUCCCAACUUAGCCAUGAUGCUUCAAAGGAAGCAAUGUACUCAGAGGAAGCUGAACACAUACUUCAAGUCACUGAAGAACAAGAAGUUGGCAUGGAGCUACCAUCUACAUCGACCGCAAGCUGCCAAAUUUAUCCAUGGAAAUGAAUCAAACAACAAAGCAGAAUUGAAUUCUAGAACAAUUGAAACCAUAUAUAUAUAUAGCUAGCUACUCUUAUUGUGCAAACUA